UUCAAUACCGAUUCAUUCAUUCAUUUGUGUUAAUUAUUGAUUUGUUUCCUUCCGAGCAGCAGAGGGCGCACUUCCAAACGCUUCAACUGAAACGGAAGUGUUGGUCAGCUGACCUCUUCACAUGAUCUGUAGCCUCUGUCACCUAGAAGCUACAUUUUUUCCUGCUCUUCCCCUUACUAAAUCUUCAUAUCUGGGGCUCCGUGAUGGCUGGUCGUGGGAAACUGAUCGCUGUUAUCGGUGAUGAGGACACGUGCACCGGCUUUCUGCUCGGUGGGAUCGGUGAGCUCAACAAGAACCGAAAACCGAAUUUCUUGGUGGUGGAGAAGGACACGAGUAUCACGGAGAUCGAAGAGACCUUCAAGAGCUUCUUGGUGCGUAAUGACAUCGGCAUCAUCCUGAUUAACCAGUUCAUUGCCGAGAUGAUCCGUCAUGCCAUCGACGCCCACAUGCAGUCUAUCCCAGCUGUGUUAGAGAUACCGUCCAAAGAGCAUCCGUAUGACGCGUCCAAGGACUCCAUCCUGCGCCGCGCUAAGGGCAUGUUCUCCGCCGAGGAUUUCCGAUAAACAAGAAACUGUCUAAACAUAUUCUGUUUACAUUUCGUGUGAUGAAUCCAAACGCCCCUGACAUGUUGUCUGUCCGUGCAGUGAAUGUAGAUUUACUGUCUGUUUUCGUUUGCUUUUCAUUUUUUGCCUCUUGGAAACAAAUUCUUGUGUAAAAACAGUUUUGUUAAAUUUUCAGUGAAGGCAGAACAGGAAGUGGACGAUGUCUCAGUUUUCAUGUGACUGAGUCACAUUUUUAGACAAAAACAGCAAAUAAAUGCAAAUUUUCCUUCCUGUUGGCUCAAAAUAUCUCAAGUUGGGAAAAGAAAAUGAAAACAAUAUAGAAUUAGAGCCUCAUAUUUGCUGUUUGUCUGUCAUUCAGUGUUUCUUCCACAUGUUUUAACUUAUAAAACUGUAACAGCUGUUGAAAAAAAAAUAAAUGAUCUUGCUGGUUGUGA